UCGCGCGUCCGCCACCACCCCCCACCUCGUGAGUCGCGCGAGCCCGGUGGGCGUCGCCCGUCACCGCCAGCUCGGGGGGCGCUCGCCGUCCGCGCCGCGAUCCCUUUUGGCCCCACUCGCCAGCCACCGCAAACAAAGCCACGGCCGCGCGCCCGCCGUACACUCCAACCCCCCUCCUCUACCCUCAGUCCUCACUCCGCCCACUCCUCCACCGCUGCCCGCCCGCCCGCCCGCCCGCGUGCGCCGGCGUCCGACGACGAUCGAUCCCGCGGCGGUGCCAUGUCGUCGGCGGCCGCGUCGGCCGCUCCCUCAGCCUUCAUCCUCGCGCCCUCCUCAGCCACCCCGGGGGGCCGCAGGCGGGGCGCCCCGCCGUUCCUCCGUGGGGCGAACCUGAAUUUCCCAUUCUGGGCGCCGCCGCCGCCACCUCGGGGCGCGACGGUGGUGCGCGCGGAGGCUGGGACCGGAGGCAAGGACGACGCGGCGCGGCCGCCGGAGCGGAGGGGCGACGCCGACGCCAGCAGCAGGCAGCCCCGCGCGCGGCGCAAGGCGGCGGUCUCCAAACGGAGGGAUCCUGUUCAGCCGGUCGGCCGUUACGGCUCCGGGUCCGGGGCGGGGAACGCCGCAGCCACCAGGGGCGCCGCCGCGUCCGGCCGGAACGGCGCGCUGGCGGGCGGCGAAAUCAAGUCCAUCGUCGCCACGCCGCCGGCGAGCAUUGUGAAGUUCGAAGGCCCGGGCUACACCGUGAUCCUCCCCGCCCAAGACAUAGCGCCGGCGCCGCCCAGGACUGUCGCCCCCUCCUCGAAGCCGCCGUUGCCGCCGUCUGAGGAGGACUUUGUGCCGCCGCCGCCAACUUCCAUUCCCAAGCCUGACACCUAUGGCAAUGCUGAACUUGCAGAGAAGAAACGUGCACAGGCUGAUAUCGGUGGAGUUCCAAAUCCAAUUCCACCUCCGACUCAGCCGCCUGUGCCUGAGGUGCAAGAGGCCGCUUGGGAUUUCAAGAAAUAUAUCGGUUUUAACGAUCCUGCCGAAAUGAAGGGUGAUACCGGGGCUGAUGCAGAUGGUGCUGGUUCUUUUGAAAAUUACGAGAACGAUGAUCCUGGGCCUUUGGCCGGGGAGAAUGUCAUGAACGUGAUCGUGGUGGCUGCUGAAUGUUCUCCUUGGUGCAAAACAGGUGGUCUUGGAGAUGUUGCGGGAGCUCUGCCCAAGGCUUUGGCAAGAAGAGGGCAUCGUGUUAUGGUUGUGGUACCAAGGUAUGGGGACUAUGCGGAAGCCUCUGACAUGGGAAUCGUGAAAUAUUACAAAGCUGCAGGACAGGACUUGGAAGUGAAAUAUUUCCAUGCUUUUAUCGAUGGAGUAGAUUUUGUGUUCAUUGAUGCGCCUCUCUUCCGGCACCGUCAAGGUGACAUAUAUGGGGGGAAUAGACAGGAAAUUAUGAAGCGCAUGAUUUUGUUCUGCAAGGUUGCUGUUGAGGUUCCUUGGCACGUUCCAUGUGGCGGUGUGUGCUAUGGUGAUGGCAAUUUGGUGUUCAUUGCUAACGACUGGCACACUGCACUCCUGCCUGUUUAUCUGAAAGCAUAUUACAGAGACAAUGGACAAAUGCAGUACACUCGCUCCGUUCUUGUCAUACAUAACAUUGCUCACCAGGGUCGCGGCCCUGUAGCUGAAUACCCGUACAUGGACCUGCCUGAACACUACCUCCAGCACUUCGAGCUGUACGACCCCGUCGGCGGUGAGCACGCCAACAUCUUCGCCGCGGGUCUGAAGAUGGCGGACCGGGUGGUCACCGUAAGCCGCGGCUACCUGUGGGAGCUGAAGACGGUGGAAGGCGGGUGGGGCCUCCACGACAUCAUCCGGUCCAACGACUGGAAGAUCAACGGCAUCGUGAACGGCAUCGACCACCAGGAGUGGAACCCGGAGGUGGACGUGCACCUGCGGUCGGACGGGUACACCAACUACGGCCUCCGGACGCUGGACGCCGGCAAGCGGCAGUGCAAGGCGGCCCUGCAGCGGGAGCUCGGGCUUGAGGUCCGCGACGACGUGCCGCUGCUCGGUUUCAUCGGGCGGCUGGACGGGCAGAAGGGCGUGGACAUCAUCGGGGACGCGAUGCCGUGGCUGGCCGGGCAGGACGUGCAGCUGGUGAUGCUGGGCGCCGGGCGCGGCGACCUGGAGCGGAUGCUGCAGCACUUGGAGCGGAUGCACCAAGACAAGGUGCGCGGGUGGGUCGGGUUCUCGGUGCCCAUGGCGCACCGGAUCACGGCGGGCGCCGACGUGCUGCUGAUGCCGUCCCGGUUCGAGCCCUGCGGUCUGAACCAGCUGUACGCGAUGGCGUACGGCACCGUCCCCGUGGUGCACGCCGUGGGCGGGCUGCGGGACACGGUGGUGCCCUUCGACCCGUUCGGCGACGCCGGGCUAGGGUGGACGUUCGACCGCGCCGAGCCCAACAAGCUGAUCGAGGCGCUCGGGCACUGCCUCGACACGUACCGGAACUACAGGGAGAGCUGGAGGCGCAUCCAGGAGCGCGGUAUGUCGCAGGACCUUAGCUGGGACCACGCCGCCGAGCUCUACGAGGAGGUCCUCGUCAAGGCCAAGUACCAGUGGUGAACUGAACACCCUCCGCGUCGAUCGAUCCGUCGGUCGGUAGAGCAACUUCGUUCUGCUUGUGUUGUUUUGAUUUAGUUUCUCCGGCUUUGAUCCAUUGUACAUUCCGCAUUCAUCGGUCUCGGUGAAGAGCUUCGUAUGCAACGCCGCGGUGGUGUGGCCAUACAGGGGGGAAAGACAGAGAUAGUAUGGUAGAAUGGUAGUGGGUUGAGCUGUGUGCUUUCGACUGGGUUCGUACAUCGUAGAGCAGUAGUGGAUGUUGUGUGGAAGUAUGCAUUUCUACAGAUUUGGGAUGCCAACUUAAUAAGUGUAGACGUGUAGCUACUAGCCUGCUAUAUCAGUCGAUACAGUGUUACUUCUUGAAAGUGACGGCUCGCUGUUGUCA